AUGAAGAACGAUGGCGUGAGGAGUUCGUCAGCCUCCGGGCAAGGGCGAACCCCUUACGGAGCACCUGGCGGUUAUGGCCUACCUGGGCCGCCAGGCCAACAACCACCGCACAUGGUACCACCACCACCCGGCCACCAAGAACUUCGAGGCGGUUUCCCGAAUCUCGGGCCCGGCCUCGGUCAGCUUUUCCCCCAGUCUAACAGCCCUUACUCCAACCCCAACGGCCAGUUCCGGCCUCCUGAUCGACCGGACAACCUACAAGGACUGGGAACAAGCGGACUUGGAAUGCAGAAUAACCCGUUUGCCUCUCGUCAAAUGUCGAUGUCCCCAUCAACGCAAAUGAUGAGAAGUGGCAUGCCAGGCGGACCACCCGGGCAACCACUGGCUCAGCGGCAAAACUCGUCAUCCGGUUCGUGGGGUAAUCUACCACCACCGGGCGCAAUGCGAAAUGUAACGGGAGCGACAACACCGCAGGGACAAAUCGACUUUCGCCCGCAACUUCCACCUACUGGAGCGAAUUCGGAUUUGCAGAUCCCGACUCGCAACAACUAUGCCCCACCAAACGUGUCAAGCGAACAAGACGUUACACAGACGCAAUUCUCCGAUGAAGUGCAGGAUGAAGCCAACACAUAUUUCAUGCAAAUAUACUCCCCGACCAAGCUGCUCACCGUGGAGAACUUUCUGGCGAAACUGCGACAAUUCCAGACGUCGCAAAACCAGCGUGACCGUGAUGUGCUGGCUUGCGUGAUCAAGAACUUGUUCGAGGAAUAUCAGUUUUUCCAAGAAUAUCCGGAAAGGGAAUUGCUGACUACGGCUGAAGUCUAUGGCGGGAUCAUACGCGACACCAUCAUAACGAAUCUCCAAUUCGCAACGGCUGUUAGGAAGGUCAUUGAGAGUCUACAAACGGAUACGAACUCGAGGCUGUAUCAGUUUGGUCUGGCAGCAUUGAAUGUAUGCAAGAACAAACUAUGUUGUUACCCGAAGGUUUGCGCGAUGAUCAUGCAACAUGAGAAUUUCGCGAAGUUUCCGCCGCAACUCGUCUCCUAUGUCAAAGCUGGAAUCACUGAAAAGCAACCGCAAGCCAACGGCCGGGAAACGCCUCAGAUGCUGCAUUCUCCGCAGUCUACAGGCUCUGGACCCCUCCAACAAUCCAGCCCACAGCGGAGUGAUUCGAUGUCGGCCCUGAAUCCAGGCUUGAAUGCGAGGCAGACUGGGUCCAGCUCACGUGCCGGUCCUGGUGCCCUUUCGUUGACGAACGCUGAAACGUUGAUCUUGGCGACUGAAAAAGAGGGAGCUGAAUGUGCCAAGCCACCCGAGACCGUCGUUGACAAGGUUUCAUUCCUUUUCAACAACUUGUCGCAGUCCAACUUGACGGCUAAGACAGACGAAAUGCGUGAGAUCAUUGAAGAGCACGGAGAAACCUUCACGGCCUGGCUUUCACAAUACAUCGUCAUCAAGCGGGUUUCGACCGAGCCCAACUUCCAACCGUUGUAUAACAGCUUCUUGGUGGCGAUCGAAGACAGAAGCUUAGACAACUUUGUAAAAGAAGAAACUUUGCGCAAUAUCAAGGUGCUUUUGCGCUCGGAUAAGCGAAUGGCUGCUUCGAACUACAGUGACCGUACUUUGCUGAAGAACCUGGGCAUAUGGUUGGGAACAAUCACGAUCGCGAGAAACCGUGCUUUCACACUGGAGGAGCUCGAUCUGAAGUCCCUGCUGAUGGAGGCAUACUAUAAAGGACAAGCCGAACUUUUGUUCGUAGUGCCAUUCGUUGCCAAGGUCAUCCACGCUUCCGGAAAACCCGCGUCGCUCGUCUUCACCGCUAAUUCGUCAUGGAUCCGCGGGAUCAUGAAGAUCAUGGCCGAGCUGCACGAUGAGCCAGAUUUGCGGAUCAACUUGAAAUUCGAGAUCGAAGUUCUCUGCAAAGACCUUGGCGUUAGCCUCGAAAACUUGCUGACAAUGGUGGACGGCGAGCUAAAGGACACUGACAAGCUGUUGGGACUGAAGCAGCAACUAUCAGAUGUACGCGAGCUGCAGCAGCCCUCUAACCUAGGCACUUCGCCGAUUCCUGCCCAGAUGCGUAUGGCGAUGGGCACUGGAGCCGACCUUCAAAACAUUAUGCUGACGGGCAGCGAAGGCAGAAACACGCCGCUACCAGAUGCUGCCGGUGAAGGACCAGGCCUAGAACCUGCUGCGCCUCGAUUUCACUUCCAUGAGCUCGCAUCCUACUCACAAGAAACAAUUGCACAAUACAUUACGGUUCCCGCUGACCACUUCCUCUUCCACCUUCACGCGCCCCUGAAGCAAUUCAUUCGCCCGGCUUUGGUCCAGGCUAUCAAGGAACUUCUGGCAGACUUACCUGGCCCGGUAGCAGACCGUUCAUUGAAAGUCGGCACCAAUGCCACUGAAUGUCUGGCCCGCAAAGACUUUGGGUUUGCUUCGGACGAACAGCAGCUCCGGCAUAAUGCCCAUUUCAUCGCCGCUGCUAUGGCCUACAUCACGGUGCGUGAGGCGAUCCACACCACGGUGUUCAAUUAUUUGACACAAACAUUCACCCAUCAGCUCCGAGGUGUCCCUCACAUCGAUCCAAAAAUGAUCGAAGAUUGCGCGAUGCGCUGUAUGCUCGAUAACUUGGAGCUGAUCGUUAACUUCGUGACGAAGGCUACGUGUGAAAAGGCUGCCCUCGAAGCGGAGCGUCGCCUGGAGCCGGACUUCCAUUCGCGUAUGCUUGCCAGAAGAGAACAGAAGGAAUGGGUUCCGUCGGCCGAGUAUUUGGAGAGUCAAGAAAUGCUGCCCGAAAAACUGCGCACUCCUGCCGGUCCACUCCAGCCCGAGCUGUUGGCGGUCUACGAAGAAUUUCUUUCCAAAAUCUGCGGCUUCAAGGCCAGCACUCCGGAUGAAUUCAUGCGUUCGAUUUCUCACUGCAUAAGCUCAACUGCAUCCAACUUUGAAAUGGAUAUGCGUGAUCCACAAGAACUGGAAAAGUAUAGCCAGCUGUUUCGCAACCUCGCGGAAGAGUGUGGGCGUCUCUACCAGCGUACAAACGGGAAUCCGGCGUUGGUGAAAGUUGCACGGGCAUUCUCACUGCUUCGCGAGAAGACUUUGGCCCUUUCUGCAGAACCAAGCAAUCCAGCCCUUCUCAAAGACACCUUCACCAACACAAUGGAACAAUUCCUCAACUCGUACAUCCCUUCUGCAAUCGCUCCACAAGCCAAAGAAGAAGCUGAGCUCGUCAGCCGGGUGGCCGACACAGCCUUGUACGUUCUGCAGGCGCUAGUACAAAAGAAUAGCCACCAGAUGGUCGCUCAGAAAAUCACGGAACUAUUGAUUACAUCACAGAUGGAUUUCCGUUUCAAUAUUGAAGCCGUUGAGAUGCUCAUUUCGCAAAAGCUCAUCAUCACUGACCAAUACGAUCGCUGGCUUGGUGAGAUGAUUGAGCAUGGUCAGCACUCAUUUGCCGCUGUUUUUGCUCAGAAAUUACUUCGGUUGAUCUACCACGGCAGCGGCUCUGACAGUGAUAUCCGGGCUCGCUUUCCCCUGACGUUUGAGCAACUACAGAAGCUACAGACCUUGAACAACAUGAGACCGUUGGAGACCGGAAUAGCACAAUCGCCAAUCGGCGGAGCAACCGGCAACUACUUCCAGGGUCAGGAGCGCCUCGGCCAUAAUAUGGGCGAGGACAAUUUUGAUCUUCAGGGCAAGGCGGAACAGAUCUUGCGCGAAUGGAUCUCCCUCUGCUACACGCCUCUCACACAGCGUGAACCGCAGCAGGCCUUGGCAAACAUGAUCCACAUGAUGCACGAGCACGGUGUUCUUGCUACAGAUCAAAUGAUUACGAAGUUCUUCCGCCUGUGUAUCGAUAUGUGCGUCGACGUUUCUUAUCGCUUGCUCAAAGAAGAACAAGGAAGCCCGAAUUCUGUCAUCCGUCAGCGUUGCUAUUACACAUUGGAUGCUUUUGUCAAGCUCACAUGUUUGAUGGUCAAAUACUCGGAUGGGAAUCAGACUCACACCAAGAUCAACCUGUUCAAAAAGGUUCUGAACCUUCUGACGAAUGUCCUGAUGAGCGAUCACGAGACCCGUCGCCAAGAAUUCAAUCCGAUGCCCUAUCAUCGCAUUUUGAUCAGCCUCUUCAACGAACUCUCACAUGCCGAUCCGGCUCUUGAGAACAUUGGCUGGCCCAUUAUGGAGGCAUUCGGACAGGCUUUGUUUUCUCUCCAGCCACGUCGUGCUCCACGCUUCGCUACUGCUUGGCUGGAUAUCGUUGGGCAUAGGAACGUGAUCGGACGGCUGGUCGCUACUCACUAUCAUUCUCAGGGAGAACCAACGGUCGAAAACCUCAAAGCGGUCGCCAUCUACGUGCAGUUUCUAAUCUGCCAGCUGAAAUUCCUCGCGCCAUACCUCCGCAAUCUCGACCUUCCGAAGAGCAUCACUCUUAUUUACCGGGGUACACUACGCAUUUUCCUGGUGCUCCUUCACGAUUUCCCGGAGAUGCUCUGCGAAUAUCACUUCAUCCUAUGCGACAACAUUCCGCCAAACUGCAUUCAGUUCCGCAACCUGCAAGUGGAUUCCAUCCCGGAAAUGGCGAUCGAGCCUAAGAUGAAGUUGGAGAUGCCGCAAUUACUGCCGGCAGAAAUGCGUAGCCAGAUUGACAAUUACCUGAGCAACCGGCUUGACGUUGAACUUCUCUCGUCACUCCCAACUUUGCUAACGGUAUCCCAGGUGGCUGGUUCCAAAUACAACACCACGGUGCUGCAUGCUCUGGUCCUCUACGUCGGAAUGCGAGCUGUUGAAUCGCUUCAUGCUAAAGGUCAACGUAUCUCGAUGACGACGAUUGCUCACACGGCCUUCAUGGAUAUCUUCCAGAACCUAGCUGUCAGGCUCUGCACCGAAGGACGCUACAGUCUCUUCAACGCCAUUGCCAAUCAACUGCGCUACCCCAACGCGCAUACCCACUACUUCAGCUGCACCCUACUCUACCUAUUCCAGCAGGCCGACAUGAAUGUCAUGAAGGAGCAAAUCACGCGCAUUUUGUUCGAACGCCUCGUCGCUCUUCGUCCACAUCCAUGGGGACUGCUCGUCACAUUCAUCGAGCUGAUCCGCAACCCGAACUAUUGUUUCUGGGACCACGACUUCACCAAGUGCACUCCUGAGAUCGAGAAGUUGUUCAUGAGCGUUGCUACCACCUGUAAUUCGGUCGCGAAGCUGAUCCGAUCGGCUGUCGCCGACACCACUCAAGGCGCUGCUCCACUAGAAGUUGCCGCCGCUGCCGCCAGC